AUGUACUUUCAAUCCUUAUCAGCUGAUCCUCUGGAUUCUGUCAAUACAACAACUGAUUUCAAUCAACUUGCACAAUUGCUGCUGAUGCUUACCAACUCUUCCUCAAAGGAGACUAUUGCCACCCAUGUUGUUACAAACUCGGUGCCUUCUGCAUUCCAGUUUGAUUGGAGCUCACAUUUCAAAGAAGAAUAUGAUUUGGUGGAAAAGUUGAACUCCCCGCAAUAUACCAACUUAACGUCCAUAUCCCCUUCCUCAUCAACUGAUUCCAACAACUUAAUUCUACGGCAAAUUCAGAUACCGAAGAUUGAGCCGGCACUUUUGAAUCAGUGUUGUCUCUGCACAUUUGCAAUUGUCGAUAAAGAAAUCAGUGUUGUUGACGGAAAAUAUUAUCAUAAUAAUUGUCUUCGGUGUCAAAUGUGCGACAUUCCCUUCGAAUAUAGCGACAAAUGUUAUGUUCGGGAUGGGGUGUUUCUUUGUAGAGCUGACCAUGCAAAACGAUAUCAGAAAUGUUGUCGAAAAUGCGAAAUCCCAUUGAAUCGAGAAGACAUGGUAAUGAAAGCGAAAGAAAUGAUUUUUCAUCAUGCGUGUUUCGUAUGUUUUAUUUGCGGAAUCAAAUUAAACCCGGGAGAUUAUUACACAAUGUCUCCGCAAGGUCAUUUAUAUUGUCAUGCUCAUUACAAUGCAGUUCGUUCAACGGUGUUAUGCGAAGAGGCGGCAGUAGCUACGGUACCUGCUGUUGUGGCUCCGCCGCCACCGCCACCGACGACAACAACAGCACCACCACCAGCGGCACCGGAACAACCACCCAGGGAGGCAUCGACGGAAGCGGAAGCGUCUACCGAUGAAGAUGGAAAUGGUAGCGGAAGCCAACGAUCGAAACGCAUGCGGACAUCAUUUAAACAUCACCAGCUACGUGCUAUGAAAACAUACUUUGCCCUUAACCAUAACCCAGAUGCUAAAGACUUGAAGCAGCUAGCCGCUAAAACAAAUUUGACAAAAAGGGUUCUGCAGGUUUGGUUUCAAAAUGCUCGUGCAAAAUACCGUCGAGAGCUUCACGAUGGUGGCCGAAGUUCUAGUCCACUUUGUGUCUCUGCCCCAUUGGCAUCAAUGGAUAUGAAUCCGCCACUCUCUUCUUCAUCAUCCGGACACUCAACAGAUGGAUACCAGCUCAACACACCACCUCUGUCCUCUGAGAUUUACUCGCCAAAUUCAAAUUAUACACAUCUCUAGAAUUCUUUAUAAUUUGUUUAAAAAGGGCUAUAUUCCCUCCUUCAUAAUUUUUUCUUUGUACAUUUCUGAUCUCAGUCACUCUUUAAUUGGUAUUCUGAAUCCGACUUUGCCAUUUUGAUGAGUUCUUGAACUUCUUUGCAAUUUUUUAUUAUCAAUAAUCAAUAUCAGUUUUAAUACAUAGACUGUCAUACUCUUCCAAAUAAUACAUAAU